CGUUCUCAUCCUCUUCCAAAACUCCCAAGGGUAUAUUACAAUGUCUGGAGACCCUUUGGUUUUGGGUCAUGUAGUGGGGGAUGUGGUGGACCCGUUCGUCAAGUCCGUAUCCCUAAAAAUAUUCUAUAACAACAGGCAGGUGCUGAAUGGUGCCGAGCUAAAACCCUCUGCCGUCGUUAACAAACCUAGGGUUGACGUUGGAGGAGACGAGCUCCGGGUAUUUUACACGCUUAUAAUGGUGGACCCAGAUGCCCCAAAUCCAAGCAAUCCGACGUCAAGAGAGCACUUGCACUGGAUGGUUACAGACAUACCCGGCACAACUGAUGCCACUUUCGGCCGAGAGAUUGUAGGCUAUGAAAGCCCAAGUCCGGUUUCAGGGAUCCACCGGAUGGUGUUUGCGCUGUUCCAACAGUUAGGCAGAGAAAGCGUGUUUGCCCCAGAGAUGCGGCCGAACUUCAACACCAGGAGUUUUGCACGGGAACACUAUCUGGGGCCACCGGUGGCCGCUGUCUACUUCAAUUGCCAGAGGGAGUCUGGCUCCGGCGGUAGAAGAUUCAGAUAAGAACAAUGAUGUCAUCAAAUAACUAUAAAUCCUGCCAAGGAUGUAUUGGAUGUAACCUAUCAAAUAAACAUCAAAUAAAUAUAUAAAUAUUCUAGCCCAAACGCAUAAACAUCAUAAGCAGAACCUGGAGUCGGCUUCAUGGAAGCAAAAAAAAAAAAUCCAAUUCAGCGAGACUUUUUUUGGGAAAAAGAAAAGAAAAAAAAGAAACUGAGCCACCGAAGAUGAAGUA